AUGAAUAAUCAAAGUGGCGGAAACAUUGGUAAUUCAAAUGUUGGCGGUAAUAACAAUAACAAUCAAAAUAUAAUAACAUCACCCAACAGUAAUAAUAAUAAUAAUAAUGGAGGAAAUGGAAGUGUAGGUGGUCAAAUUCCACCACUGAUAUCACCGAUUAUAAAUAGUAAAUCUAGUUUUCAACCAAAGGGUAAUAAUAACAACAGUAACCAACAACAACAACAUAUAUUACAUUCACCAGUACAACAACAACAACCACAGCAACAACAAUCGAUUGUAGAUCCAAACUUGAUUAGUUCAUUACAGAAUCUAAUGGUUAGUCAAUCGAUGUCAAGACAACAACAGCAGCAACAACAGCAACAAGUACAACAAUCACAACAAUGGAUGGAUCAAAUACAACAACAAUUCGAUGAUUCUUUAGAUUAUGAUCAACAACAACAAUAUCUAUAUCAACAACAACAAGCAGCUGCAGUAGCAGCUGCAGCACAGGUACAGCUACAACAGCAACAGCAGCAGCAACAACAACAACAACAACAGGUACAACAAGUACAACAGCAACAACAACAAAAGAAUCAAUAUCAACAUAUUAUGAUGCAACAACUUCAACAGAUUCAACAACAACAACAGAUGCAACAACAACUACAACAGCAACAGCUGCAGCAACAACUACUACAACAACAGAUACAGCAACAAAACUAUAACCUAAGUCAGCAACAACAGGCAAACAUAAAGUCAAAUCAAUACAAUCCAUAUCAAACAUACUCACAUCAACAAGCAGGACAGCAACGUAAUAAAUUUGGAAGAAGACAUCUCAGUUCAUUCUUUAUGUCCGAUACACUAAGACAGGAUCUACUCAAACAGAAACUACUGUCCUAUACAACUCUAGAUCCAAACGAUCCAAGAAUGAAAAAUAUACCACCGAUGUUAAAUAAAUAUCACUCGUUGUAUCCAUUGGACAAUGAAACCUCUAGAGAUAAAGUGGGUAUGAUGUUUGGAUACCCAACAUCUGUGUACAAAGGAACCAGUACAAACGAUGGUUAUCAAUAUGCCAUUAGAAGAAUCGAAGGUUUUCGACUCUCUAAUGAAUUCACACUUCAGGCCGCCGAUGCUUGGAGAAAUAUACAACACCCAAAUAUUGUAGCAUUAAAAGAGAUAUUUGUUAGUAAAGAGUUUGGUGAUAAUAAUUUCGGCGGUGGCAACGUCGAACAACAACCUGAACAAGUCGAUCGAAUACAUAUCGAAUCUCUACUCGAAGGAUUUCAAGAACCUGGUGAUCUUCCUCCUCUCGAAACCCGUGCUGAAUCUACCGACGAUCGACGAUGUCAUCUCGAUGAUUGGCGGACGCAUUCUGCAGGAGACUAG